AGGUGCUGGCCAAGAAGUAGGAAGGUCAUGCAUUAUUCUGGAGUUUAAAGGAAGAAAAAUAAUGCUUGAUUGCGGAAUCCAUCCUGGACUGGAAGGAAUGGAUGCUCUUCCUUACAUUGAUUUGAUAGAUCCUGCUGAGAUUGAUCUCCUCCUAAUUAGUCAUUUCCAUUUAGAUCACUGUGGGGCUUUACCAUGGUUUUUGCAGAAAACAAGUUUUAAAGGAAGGACGUUUAUGACUCAUGCCACAAAGGCUAUUUACAGAUGGCUUCUUUCAGACUAUGUCAAAGUCAGUAAUAUAUCAGCGGAUGACAUGCUAUAUACAGAAACAGACCUUGAAGAAAGCAUGGACAAGAUUGAGACCAUCAACUUCCAUGAAGUGAAAGAGGUGGCAGGAAUCAAAUUCUGGUGUUACCACGCAGGCCAUGUCCUGGGAGCAGCCAUGUUUAUGAUUGAAAUAGCUGGUGUGAAGCUUUUAUAUACAGGUGAUUUCUCAAGACAAGAAGACAGACAUCUGAUGGCAGCUGAGAUUCCCAAUAUUAAACCUGAUAUUCUUAUAAUU